UUCAUUUGGUUGGUGGCAUUCAAGUUACGCAGUGAAUACAGAUAGAAACACAUUUUUUAUUUCACAUUGAGUACAGUUUUAGUUUAAAUUUUGCGUACCAAUUACUUUGAUAUCAUUUAUUUUGAUGAAAAAAUGUGAAAAAAUUGUUUUAUUGAUGUUGAUUUCGAAAAUUGUAUUUAAUUUGGAAUCCGCAAAAAAGGUAAAAAAAGCAAGUGAAAAAUAAAGUGGUGUAUGAAAAAAAAGUACAAAAACGUGGUUAAAGGCAAUCAUGUCAGAUAACGGGAACGAUACAAAGUGUUUGAAAUGCAAUUUAAAUUUCACAAGUUCCAAGACACUGAAAAAACAUGAGCAAGAAAAACAUUCACAAAGUGUUGUAAAGUGCUUCAAGUGUAAUUUGAAAUUUUCGAAUCAGGAACGUUUUCGUGCGCACUGGAACAGCAAACAUGUGACGGCGACGAAAAAGGUGACCAAGCCAUCCACUUCAACGAAUGAAGAAAUUGUCGCUUUGGAUGUGGAACAUGACAGUUCGGAAGCAAAAUCACCCAAAUCGCCAAGAUCUCCCAAAUCACCAAAAACACGUAAAAAUGCUUCACCCACAUCGAAUCGAUGCACAAAAUGCUACAAAACGUUCUCUACACGAAUGUUCGCUGCGUUACAUUACCGUCGUGUUCAUAUGGAUUGGACAACAAAGUGUGAAGUGUGCCACAAAAUGGUUAAGAAAAAUGUUUAUUUAGCUGUCCAUUUGAAAAAACAUCGUAUAAAUGGCGAAAUUAGCGCUGAUCGAAUGCUAGAGAUUCAAAAAGAAAAUAAAAAGAAACAAUCGUCGAACACUGAGUUCAAAGUAAAAGUGAAGCCAAAAGUGGCAACUGCCUGUCCUGAUUGUGGAAAAGUGUUCAUCUCUAAUCGUGUGAUGAAAAUACAUUGGAUGAAAAAUCAUUAUGUUCAAUCGAAUAAAACUGAUGCUGAUCGACAGAGUGCAAGUACUUCUUCGACAAACGCCGAAGAAACAACAAAAGCAUGCCCAAAAUGCAACAAAGAAUUCAAAUCAGAUGGUAGAAUGAAAAUCCAUUACUUUCAAGCACACGUCAAACAAGCCACUCCUAGCAUUAGGAAGAAGAAGAAGAUGGAAACGAUACCAGAAAUAACAUCUUAUCCAAGAAUCAAAUCUGUGUCUGAACUGCGAUCAAAGCCGCCAGCUAUCACUUUCAACUCAAAUAAAUGCCCGGUGUGUAGAAAAGUAUUUUCGAGCAAUGUGUGUGCCAAAAUACAUUUUCAAAAUGUUCAUCGCAAAGAAACAGUGAAAUGUCCGCAUCCUCAGUGUUUUACAAGAUGUAGUAACAUUUAUAAACUGCGUGCACAUUUCAGUAAUGCUCAUCCACAAGCAAAUCUUCCAACAGAACUUCAAGUUCGUCGAAAAUUCAAUAAAUCACAAUUAGAUAGCACAGAUGGUGAACAAGAAAGUGCAUCCGAACAAGACAUUAUCGACCAAACACCGAAGAAAAAAUUUAAAGAGGAUAAGAAAGAAUCAACAAAUGACAGCUCGAAAAGUAAUAAUAAUCCAUUGCUGAAAAUGUUUGAAAGAAUGCGUGAAAAAAAUGCCAAAUCACCGGUUAUACCGGCAAAAAUUGUAUCAGAGGUCAUUGAUAUCGAAGAAGGUGAGAAUGAUGAGGAUAAUGGCUGUUUUACUCUUGAUUUUGACAAAUGUUCGAAGUGCAUAAAGAAAUUUCCAACUCGAGAGGCUGCUCUGAUGCAUUACAAUCAAAAUCAUCCACAAGAAAUGCAAAUAUGCCCUGAAUGCGACAUGUUGGUCACAAGUACACGAGUUAUGUCAUACCAUUUCAAAUCGAAGCAUCCAACCACCGUUAUGCCAUUAUAUUUGAAAACAUCACGUGCCGUUGGUUAUUCAAAGGAGUUAUUCGAUCAAUUUAAUAUGAAUAUGUGCACAAUCUGCAAGCUUGAAUUCACGAAGAAAGUCGACAGCCUAAACCAUUUCAACGAUGAGCAUGGAAUAAAAUUUGAAAUUUGUUCGGUUUGUACGAGAGGAUUUCGUACGGAGGCAAUGUUAUUAUCGCAUUGGGCGCGCUCUCACGAACACUUGAAAUUUGUCGAAUUCAAAGCACAAAAAUCAAUGCAGGUCGAAGAUGAAGCACAAACUGAAGCCGAUAGUAAUUCAACUCCUAGUUCCCGCUCAAGCACUCCAACUUCAACAUCAAAGAUUAUAGCUCCGAUUAUUUCAAAAACUGGAUCAAAAUAUGGCAAUACAAAAGUUUACCCGUUCAUUAAAUCGGUCACCUGUCCAAUAUGUGAUCGCAAUUAUUCGACACGAAAAUCGACCGUCAUGCAUUACAGAUCGGUUCAUUGUAGGAAUGGCAUAUCAUGUGAAGUAUGUUCAACAAUUUUAGCAAAUAGAGAAGAUUUAAAGGAACAUUGGUUGGAGGUUCACAAAGAUGUUCCAUGGAAGGAUACAGAAGAUUCUAUGCAGAACGUGGACGAGGCGGAGAAAGAUCAAAAUGAUGAUAAUGACGAUUCCAUUGAUAUGGUUGUCGAUUCAUCAAGGGAAGAACAGACAACUUCAGGCAUAUCACCAAUACUAAAUGCUGUGGUUUCUCUAGUAGAUAUCGUAGACAAUCCCAACUCGUUGGAGCCAGAAAUGAGAUCGCAAUUUUUGAAAAUUGUGCAGGAAAUGGAAAAUACUUCAAUUGAAGACACCGUUUCCGAAUCUGAACAAGGAACCGUUGCAACAGAUAUCGACGAAGAGCCAUCACUGCCUACAUCACAAAAUGAGCCGUUGGAUUUAUCCACUAACCAACAUAAGAUGUUGGACCCAAAUUUGAUCAAAUCAGAAAUUAUCGAAAUCAAAUACAAAAGUUCAGCCGAUCUGGUUUCAAGCUUUGUAGGAGGAAAUUCGGUCAAACUUGAGAAGGAAAAUAGACUGUCGGAUGGCACCAACGUUAUUGUCAAAGACGAAAUUACCGUUGAAGAACUCAAACUUGAAGAAUCUUAAAAUUGAAUCAAUUUUUUGUUUAAGCAAAACCGAAAUUAUCGAUUGAAUAAAAUGUGCAUUUUUUAGAAAAUUA